AUGGGCAUAUAUCUGUCCAAGGCACCUCACGCCGGACUGAUCCGCAUGGAGGAGGAGGAGUUCUUCAUCGAGCCCCUGGACAAGGGGCUGGUGGCGCAGGAGGCCGAGCAGGGCCGCGUGCACAUGGUGUACCGCCGACCACCCACGCCCGGACUCCCGCUUCCCAUGGGCCCCCAGGCACAGGACACAGGGGCCUCUGCGGACAGCCUGGACAGCCUCAGCCGUGCCCUGGGCGUCCUGGAGGAGCGAGUCAACGGCUCCCGGAGGAGGGUGCGCAGGCACACUGCGGACGACGACGACUACAACAUCGAGGUGCUGUUGGGUGUGGACGACUCUGUGGUCCAGUUCCAUGGCAAGGAGCACGUGCAGAAGUACCUGCUGACACUCAUGAACAUCGUCAAUGAGAUCUACCACGACGAGUCUCUGGGGGCCCACAUCAACGUGGUGCUGGUGCGGAUCAUCCUGCUGAGCCACGAGAAGUCCACGAGCCUCAUCGAGAUCGGGAACCCCUCGCAAAGCCUGGAGAACGUUUGCCGCUGGGCCUACCUGCAGCAGAAGCCGGACACGGGCCACGAAGAGUACCACGACCAUGCCAUCUUCCUCACACGACAGGACUUCGGGCCCUCGGGCAUGCAGGGCUAUGCCCCUGUCACCGGGAUGUGCCACCCUGUUCGCAGCUGCACCCUGAACCACGAAGAUGGCUUCUCGUCGGCGUUUGUGGUGGCCCAUGAGACCGGCCAUGUGCUGGGCAUGGAGCACGACGGCCAGGGCAACCGCUGCGGCGAUGAGGUGCGGCUGGGCAGCAUCAUGGCGCCGCUGGUGCAGGCUGCCUUCCACCGUUUCCACCGCGACGACCCCUUCGCGCAUGACUGGCCGGCACUGCCGCAGCUGCCGGGACUGCACUACCCCAUGAACGAGCAGUGCCGCUUCGACUUCGGCCUGGGCUACAUGAUGUGCACCGCGUUCCGGACCUUUGACCCCUGCAAGCAGCUAUGGUGCAGCCACCCUGACAACCCCUACUUCUGCAAGACCAAGAAGGGGCCCCCCCUUGAUGGAACCAUGUGUGCACCUGGCAAGCAUUGCUUUAAAGGACACUGCAUCUGGCUGACCCCCGACAUCCUCAAACGGGACGGCAACUGGGGUGCCUGGACCCCCUUCGGCUCCUGCUCGCGCACCUGUGGCACAGGUGUGAAGUUCAGGACUCGCCAGUGUGACAACCCACACCCUGCCAACGGGGGCCGUGCCUGCUCUGGCCUGGCCUACGACUUCCAGCUCUGCAACCCCCAGGACUGCCCUGACACCCUGGCUGACUUCCGCGAGGAGCAGUGUCGCCAGUGGGACCUGUACUUCGAGCACGGUGAUGCCCAGCACCACUGGCUGCCCCACGAGCACCGGGAUGCCAAAGAGAGGUGCCACCUGCACUGCGAGUCCAGGGAGACCGGGGAGGUGGUGUCCAUGAAGCGCAUGGUGCACGACGGGACGCGCUGCUCCUACAGGGACGCCUUCAGCCUCUGCGUGCGGGGGGACUGCAAGAAAGUGGGCUGUGACGGGGUGAUCGGUUCCAGCAAGCAGGAGGACAAGUGUGGUGUGUGCGGCGGCGACAACUCCCACUGCAAAGUAGUCAAGGGCACGUUCACGCGCUCGCCCAAGAGGCUUGGUUACAUCAAGAUGUUUGAGAUUCCUGCGGGAGCCAGGCACCUGCUCAUCCAGGAGGCAGACACCGCCAGCCACCAUCUGGCCGUCAAGAACCUGGAGACAGGCAAGUUCAUCCUAAAUGAAGAGAACAACCUGGACCCCAAUUCCAGAUCCUUCAUCGCCAUGGGCGUGGAGUGGGAGUACAGGAACGAGGACAACAGGGAGACGCUGCAGACCAUCGGCCCGCUCCGUGGCACCAUCACCGUGCUGGUUAUCCCGGAGGGAGACUCCCGGAUCUCGCUGACGUACAAGUACAUGAUCCACGAGGACUCGCUCAACGUUGAUGACAACAACGUGCUGGAGGAUGACUCCGUGAACCACGAGUGGGCCCUGAAGAAGUGGACUCCCUGCUCCAAGCCCUGUGGUGGAGGGUCACAGUUCACCAAGUACGGCUGCCGCCGGAGGCUGGACCACAGGAUGGUGCACCGCGCCUUCUGCAGUGCCCUGGAGAAGCCCAGAGCCAUCCGCCGUGCCUGCAACCCACAGGAAUGCUCCCAGCCCGUGUGGGUUGCGGGUGACUGGGAGCCCUGCAGUCGGAGCUGCGGGCGGGCAGGCCUGCAGGUGCGCUCUGUGCGCUGCGUCCAGCCACUCCACAACAACGUCACGCGUUCCGUGCACACCAAACACUGCAACGACCACCGGCCCGAGAGCCGCCGGGCUUGCAACCGUGAGCUCUGCCCUGGCCGGUGGCAGGCUGGGCCCUGGUCCCAGUGCUCCGUGACCUGCGGCAACGGCACCCAGGAGCGGCCCGUGCUCUGCCGCACUGCAGACGACGGCUUCGGUGUCUGCCCCGAGGAGCGGCCUGAGGUGCAUCUGCGCACGAGGCACUGUGGUCGUCUGGCCCGGGUGGCACGCGGGUCCCUUACCUUGGUCCCCACAGCAGCUCAGGACUGCUCUGCCAGCAGGGGGCCUCCGCAGAGCCGGGGAGCAGGGCCCAUGGGUGGCGAGGGCUGCUCAUCCCCACUGUCACAGUCCUGCUGA